AUGGUCUUUUUAAUUUUUAUUAUCCCAUUUGUCUUUGCUGCUGAUUUAACACAACUAAAACUCACAGUAGACAAUUACCAAGUUCAAGCCUCUACAAAUUACCAUUUUAGCUUUAAAUAUUCCUCAUCUUUAAGUUCCUCAAGCAAAUUCAGCAUAACUUUUCCUUCAAUUUAUACAAACCUCCCUCAAGGCUCAGUCACAUGUUCUGUUCAAAGUUUACAGUCAUCAUGUACUUAUUCUUGCAGUUUUAGUAAUUAUGUAUUGACUAUCUCCAAUUGUUUUCCGCCAACUUCUACGAAUGUGAAUAUUGAUAUAAGUAAUAUCAGUAACCCAAUGACAACUACAUCAGGGAGUUUUACUAUAAAUACCCUUUCUAGCUCUGGCAGUGUCUUAGACCAAGGCUCAAUUUCUUUAUCAUUCAACGCCGCAUCUUUAAUUAGCGCUCAAUUACUCCCAGGAACUCAAAUAGUAGGGGACUAUUCUACAUGGACAAUUAGCAUGCAAACUACUUAUACAAUUCCUUCAGGAGGGCUUAUUUAUAUAAAUUUUCCAACCUGAAAUUUAAAUAUGGGGAGUACUUCGUCACUGUAUUAUUGUGAUGGAAAUGAAGUCUGCGCAGGGGUUUCCAGUAAUAAUAAUUUAGAUAUACAGAGCUCUAUUACUUGUACAUGUACAACAGGCGUAAUUCAAGCAUCUUUAACUCAAUCUACUAGUGGCAGUAUCAGUUUUACUAUUUCUUCUAUUAGAAAUCCUCCAAGCACAGCGGCUGUGUCUGGAUUUUUAAUACAAACAGGCUACAAUGGUGGAUAUAUAGAGACCUCUGCUAGCUUAUCUGUAUCAGUGAGCACCCCUAACACUAUAUAUGGGACUUCUUUAAUAAUGGGCUCUCAAUCUAUUAAUGCUCAGACUUCUUAUCAGUUUAGUUUAGCUUGCCCAACUCCUAUCCCUUCUGGGGCAAAUAUGGAUGUUACAUUUCCGUCUGAUUUUAUUGUAAAUUCUUCAAUAACAACUAGCAUAAAUCCAUUUUUUGGGCUGCAACAUACAUUGACAUAUACAAUUUCGGAAAACUUAAUAUCGAUUUCUUCAGGUUUUUCAAGCUAUUUAGCAGAAAAAUCAACGAUUACUUUUAGCGUAAUAAAUGUGCAAAAUCCAUCAUCUACAAAACCAUCUGGAUAUAUUAUUAUGAAAAUCUAUACUAGCUCAGGAAGUAUUUGUUUAUCAGAUAAUUCUGCUACUAGUUAUAGUGUUACUGCAGUGGCUGGGGGGCUAUCUAAUGUAAAAAUAACUAAUGAAGUUAGCACAAUUAAUGCAGACACUUCAUAUAUUUUUGAAUUCUAUGGUGGAGAUCCUAUACCUGCUGGAGGUACAAUAAAAAUUACAGCUCCAAGCCAAAUUUCUUUUACAAAUUAUGACGCAAAAAACUGCAAAUCUGUAGACGUAAAUAGUGUUUUAGCACAAAAUGCCCAGUGCUCAGUCACCGAUAAUCAAUAUUUAUGGGUGACUAAUGGUUUUCCUAAUGGCUAUACCUCAGGUCUUAUAAAAUUCCAAGCAGAAAAUAUCAUAAACCCAAUGCUGCCAACUUCUUCUGAUAAUUUUCUUAUAGAAACAUAUACAGAUGCUACUUUUUUAUAUAAAAUAGACAGUGAUAGCAGUAUAAGUAUAUCAGCAACCUCAGAUUAUUUGACAAGUGUUACAAUAACCCCUAAAUCUUACGUCACAGGAGAUAUUACGACCUAUACUUUUGCAAUCCAAACAAAAAAUACAAUCCCAUCAGGGGGGACAAUUUUAAUUAAUUUCCCGUCACAAAUCAUUGCGAGCGAUCUUACUUCAGCUUGCCAAAAUUUUGUGGGGUAUGACUCAAAUACUAUAUGUGUUAAUUCUGAGUCGUCUAUACAAGUAAAUCAAGGCUUCCCUAGCAAUUUUUCGCCUGGGUUGCUAUCUUUUGAUAUAGGGUUAAUAAGAAAUCCUAAACCAUUUACAUUUAAAAUAAGAUUAAGACAAUUUAGAAGUAGGAUUAGGUAGUUGUUGACUAUUUAUAGAAAAAAAGUAUAUAACGACACAGUCUUCUGACACUUUUCAAGUAUACACAAAAUAUAAUAGCAUGAUUUUGGAUAAGCUAGAAAGUGGAAUUACAGUGACUAUGACAACACCUCAUGAUUUAUUAACUCUCGGAACAAAAUAUCAGUAAAGUUUUGAUUUUUUGAGUACUCUUUUUUUCUUAUAUUUUCUGGGACCAAUCCCCAUCAACGUACGUACGCUAUGGUUGCCCAGCUCCCCUAACUCAUAGGUAGCAAGUGUAAGCUCUCAUCGGUGAGAAGCAACACAGUGUGAGACUGUGCUUAGACUGACAAGCAGGCGGUACAGGGUUUUACCCUUAAUAGCCCUAUAAGGGCAGAUGAUUCCCGUGGAAUCAUCAAGUUAGUCCAACCAGCAAGUUAGUUGGUUCAAGUUAGUUGUACCGACUCGAUGAUUCCACCGGGAAUCAUCUGCCCUUAUAGGACUAUUAAUGGUAAAACCCUAUAAAGCGUUAUGAGGUUAAAGCGGCUUGACCUUGAGCCUACUAAUCUUAAUUACUUUUAAUUUUAUAAAGAAAAUAAAUUUUUUUUUAAAAAUAAAUAACCUCCCAUUAAAUUGUAACUUUUUUUCGUUCAAUUUAAUGGGGGAAUAAGUGCAGCCAUAUCUAUAACUAGUAAUAUUAUUGCUACAGAAAAUGAUUAUACUUUUACUAUAGCACCUUAUAAUACUAUGUAUAAUAACGGGUAUCUUCUGAUAACCUUUCCAAGCGAAAUUUCUCUGCCUAGUAGCCCAAACUGUGAUAUCUCUGGCAGCAUAACUACAUCGGUAGCUUGUUCUAUAGUAAAUAGCCAAUUAAAAGUAGUUAUAGGACUUUCAUCAGACACUACUUCAGCUUUUAGCUUUAUUUUGCAUAGCAUAAUAAACCCUUCAUCUACCAAGCCAUCUUCUUCUUUUACUAUAGAAACAUUAAUAAAUGGCUAUAGUAUUGACAAACUCAGUAGCAAAAUCACAGUCCAAGCCACUCAGCCUGCAUCAUUCCCCAACCUCCAAAUUUCUCUUUCAGAUUCAGGGAUUUCUGCCACAACCUCUUACAAGUUUACCUUAACAACUUUACAUACACUCCCAGCAGGAGGCUAUAUAGAAGUAGCUGUCCCUUCCCAAAUCACCAUUACUUCUUCAUGCCUAAUCGUUGAAAUAAAUACAUCCUGCACUAUUACCAGCUCAAAUACUAUUCGUUCCUUAUCAGCUUCUACUGAUUAUCCACCCACAACUAUUUCUUUUACCAUUUCUGGGCUCAAAAAUUACAAUAUCGCCACUACUUCUUCUAAUUUUAUAGUCACCACAAAAACCUCAGAUGGCUACUCUAUAGACCAAAACAGCUUACAAACGGUCACUUUUACGUGCUAUUCUCCUUGUGAAACAUGUGAUAACCUCCCAAAUACGUGCACAAGCUGCAUUUCUACGUCUUCUGAGCCUUAUUUUUGGAGCGGGGCUUGCCAUUCAGCUUGUAAUACAGGAUAUCUUGAUAUAGGGAAUUCCAAAACUUGUUCAGCUUGUAAUAAUACCUGCGAAAAUUGCUCAGGAUCUUCUGAUUAUUGCACUUCGUGCAAUAAAAAUGGGCAAUAUCCUUAUUUUUAUAAUAAUGAAUGCUUACGUGUAUGUGGGAAUGGACUGUAUUCUGACUCAAAUUUUAUUUGCCAGCUGUGUGAUGAUAAUUGUGAUACUUGUGCGACAGAUUCUAAGAGCUGUUUGACUUGUAAAGGAUCAAAUAUUCUAUAUAAAACCCAAUGUGUGGAAUCCUGCAAUGCGGUAGGACAAAUUAUUAUAAAUAACAUCUGUUAUGACUGUGACACAAACUGCUUAACCUGCAAAACAACCACUACAACUUGCUCCACUUGUCAAUCCAGCCAUUAUUUAUAUAAAAACACUUGCUAUUCUACCUGCCCAGAAAAUGUGACUAUUCCUUCUGGGACUGACUGUAUUGACUGCCAGAGUCCCUGUAAAACUUGUAGUGACGAAAUUUCCCAAUGCACGUCCUGCAAUUCUGGGUAUUUACUUCUAAAUAAUUCCUGUGUUGAGGACUGUUAUGAUGGCUAUACAGAAAUUAAUGGGAUCUGCCAAGAAUGCUCCAAUAAAUGCGAAACCUGCAGCGUUUCCACCUCAAACUGCACAUCCUGCAAGGCAAACCAAUUCCUCUAUGAAAACAGCUGUGUCUCUCAAUGCCCUUCAGGCACCUCAAUUAAAUCCGGAAACCAGUGUUUUUCAUGUGAUUCCUCCUGCAAAACCUGUGCAGACUUAACCACGUCCUGUACAAGCUGCUAUGACCCUUUAUAUUUAUAUAACGGUAACUGUGUAGAAUCUUGCCCUAGCUAUAUGGUCGUUAUUAAUGGACAGUGUACAGGCUGUGCUGAAAACUGUUUAAGCUGUGACGCAAAUUAUACGAAUUGUUUACAAUGCUCAGAUAAUUAUUAUCUUUAUAAAGGAUCCUGCUUGUCUUCAUGUCCUGAAAAUUCAACUGUAAAGAAUGGGACGGACUGUGUAGCUUGUGAUUACCCUUGUGUGACCUGUGAAACGACAGCUAGCAGCUGCUUGUCCUGUGACUCUAUAUUUUUGCUAUAUGAGGACACUUGUGUUUAUACAUGUCCUAGUGGGUAUUAUGCAGUUUCAGGAGUUUGCCAUAAAAGUGACGUAAACCCUGGAGAAUGUGCAGCAGGGUGUACUGAAGAAUUAUUAAAAAAUUCAGUUUGUGAUGCUGCAUGCAACGUAAAAGCGUGCAAUUAUGAUGAUGAAGUCUGCUUAAAGUAUCCGCCUGAUAAUUCUACUGUAGAAUACGCAGAAAGUUUGGCUGUAAAAGAAGUGCCUUUUCCAUCGUCAGGGUUAGGCAUAAUAGGGGUAGGAAUUGCUGUGACUGGAAAAGUGUUUAUUGCAGCCAGUUCAAUAGCAGGGGCAGCUGUAAGCAUUUGUGCAGUCUUGGAGACUGUAUCUUGGCUAGCUGUACUAGGAGAAGUCAGUGUUAGUGAUGGGACGCAUGGACGAGAGCUGCUAAGCUCUGAUCCUGAGGUCCAGAUUACCCUGGUAAUUUUAAUAGUGCCAUUGAUUUUUCAUUUUGCGCUGAAUAUUGUAUAUUUGAUUGUGUUUUAUUUCAUGACUUGGAAAAAAGAUGCAGCGUUUAGAAUAUGGUGUAAGGCGAAUGGCUGUGCAAUAAUCACGUAUUUAUUUUUUAGUGGCUUGAUUUCGUUUAAAUUCAUAAGACUUUGUACAUGCAAAUUUUUUGGAUUGAAGUCUUGUAAAGCUAACCUUGAAAGAAAAUCCAAUCUGUUAAAGCCAUUUCUUUAUACUCUUUACAUCAGCAUCCUUAUAGUCUCUUUCCCUCUCAUUGGCAUUUGUAUAUGGAUUUUAUUUGUGUAUUCUACAGGUAGCUAUGUCUAUAUUUUAGCCCUUGACAGCUUAGGGAUUACUUCAAUCUGCCUUUUCUUUUCAAUUAUAGAUGCUAUCUCCUUGAUAAUCCAUAUGAAAAAAGAAAGGUCGCUAAAGACCUUAAAAUCCUAUAGUGUUAACCCUGCUUUAACAACUGAGUCCUUAGAAAUUGACGCUGCAAAAAUUUUUGACAGUUUUAAAGAUACAGCAACAACUCUCGAUCUGAAUAAAAUAAAAUCAUUUGACCCAGAAAAGACAGGCGAUUUUGAUACUUCACGAGACAAUUACUGGGAGCUUCAAAGCACAAAUAAUAUCUCUCCAACUGAAAUUUUGGCUGACACCAAUAGGAUUCAUGAAGAAGAAAUUUCUAAAGAAUCAUCCAAAAAUGACUGGAUUGACGAGAGUUUUGCACAAAAUUUCAAAAUAAAGCUAGAUGAAAGCAGCUCACAUGAGUUUAUUGAUGAAGAAAACGAGCCUCAGUUAUUUGAUAUCAUAACAGAUGAAGUUUUUAUUGAUCUAAUAAAUGCAGAAAUCGAUAUAUAUGAUUUUGAAUGCAUAAAAGUCAAGCAUAUUCCUUCAUCAUUAAGUAUUCUUAUUAGAAAAGAGUUUAAAGGUGGCGCUUUUGAUAAUGGAGAAAUCUUAAAAGGGGAAUAUACAGUACAAGAAGUAAAUAGAAGAGAUGUGCAUUAUGGGAUCAUCAGAAGAGGGAAUGAGCUAGAAAAGGUCAGGAGAAAUUUUAUUGGGGCUGAAAUAGUUGAUAUCCAAAUGAGAUCUGGGGAUAGGUGAAUGAUAGGAAGAACUGUUAAAAAUGAAGGAGAUUUCGAUUUUUAUAACUGCAGUGUUGAUAGAAAUAAUCCUGAAAUUGUGAUUGCAAGCCAUGCUAUUAUGGGGUACAAAUGCAAUAUUAAGAAAACGUUUAAAGGAGCUAUAAGAGUAGACCCUGAUACUAAUAGACCGAUUAUAAGUGCAAAAAUAAUACAGGAUUAUGAAGGAAUAGAAAUUGAUGAAGUGGACCCACAUUUGGCUUAUUUGACUACUGAAGAAGGGCUUGUGAAAGUGAGAAGAACGUUCGUAGGAGGAAUUGUGGUGGGUGUUAUAAAUGAGAGGGAUAAGGAAAUUUUUUCUCAAAAACAGUUUAAAUUUGGCGUUUCUGAAGAAAAUAUCCUUAAACUAUAUCGCUUGCACUGUUAUAGUGUGCCUUGGCACUGGUUCUUCAAAGUAGCUCUGAUGAGCUGCCUAAAGGCGACAAGUCAGCUCUCGCUGAUGAACUCAAAUCCUUUUGCAAAGAUUGCUACCUUGGAGUUAACCUUCGCUUUAGGCAGCUCAUUAGAACUACAAGUUACUUUGGAGAAGCCAACGUCAAGGUGCAUUAUAACAGUACAAAUGCUAUAUUAUAAACAGUUUCAAUACCAAUUAAAUUGAUUUAAGUUUAACUCAAUUUCAAUUACCAUAUUAUAGAGGAGGCCGAUUCUACUAAACGUGAUUCAGAAACUCCUCCCCAUUCUGCAUUUGCAUUUCCAGACUCUGAUAGUGACUAUUUGGUUGCCAAAGACUACGAAGAUAUCAUGCCGACUCUUGUGCUUUUAAAUGCUAAAAAAGCAAGCGUCAUGCAAAAAUACAGGAAGCCUAAAGCCAAAUUAGAAAAGAAUAAACUUGAAAUUGAGAUCCCAGAUGAUCCAGAACUAGAAGAGGAAAAUAAAUCAGCUAAUUGUUAA